AUGAAAGGCAGGGUCCCGUUGCUGGGCGUCCCCGCCGCGGUCGCCGCCACAGCACUGAAACUGCGGUUCACGGACGGUGACAUUUAUAUAUCACGUAGGAAACUAAUCGACAGAUCCAUUCAGAUACAAGUUGCUGACAACAGAUUGCCGCUCACAUAUUGCGGUAAUAUUUUGAGCGGCUUAGACGUCGGCCGUGGAGGAGUUCCUCCACAGCGCCGGGAAAUUAAUAAAGUGGACGCGGAGAGA